GGGGAUCUAGGACUUCUACUGGGAAAUCUUCCUGUGUCAUUGGUUUUGUUCUGAUUGUUGAGGAUAGCAAGGGUCAGAUACACCUGUUACUAGUCCUUCUGUUUUUCGUAAACUUUCAUCCACAUUUUGAGAGCUGCUAGAGUUUUCUAUUUGUGUUUAUAGCUUUUCAUUGUUUGUACUCAUGUUCCCACGAGUAGCGGAGAACUAAAUGUCACUCCAAGCAUUGGCCUGCUCUAUGUGGGAAAGGCUGUGUUUAAACUGGAGGGUGCCAAGUAUCCAGAGUUUGGAUAUUAGAGAUCAGGCUCUCCCUUGACCUUGCAGCCCUCGGUAUAUGCUGUUCCACAUUGGCUUGGAAAGUAGAGUAAAUUAAAGUAGUUGUAGAAAAGAAUAGUAGAAGUAAGAUUUUUGGGACGAGACUUUCCCGUAAGUUGUGGGUAGACUGAACUGAUAAUGAGUGCAUUAUAUAUGAAGAAAAGAAGCCAGUCAGUUCAGCUCAGCCUGAUCGGAAAUUGUUAGAAGACGAAGUGGGUCAGGCAGUUCCUAGGUGCGCGCACGCAAGUACAGCACUAGAUGAUGAGAGAAGGUUCAAAACAUGGAUAAAAAAUUAAAGAAAGAAGUCAAAAUAUUCUUUGUUAUACCUGAGGGUUGCAGUGACGAUGGUGUUAAUGACUGUAUGAAAAUGGCCUAUCAGGAAGCAGUGGAGGCAGAUCUAUCACCCAAGUGGCUGACCGCUGCAGAAUCUACAGAGAUGGCUGGCUCAAAAACCACUGUGUUCAUUUUGCAAGAGUUUGCCGGAGAUAUUUUUGAAAAGCUAAGCAAAACCAAAAGCGUCAGGGUAUGUGGACCGAUGUGUUUGCGGAGCUGUAUUGCUGAGGGCCUUGGCAUUCCUGAGAACAAGAGUGCUGUGUUCACCACAGCCAUGAGGAACAUUGUAGUCACCGCUAGCCAGGUUCCUCAAGCAGUCAAGAUUGAGAUUAAAAAGAAAGUUGGGUUCAUGGGUGGAGUGUACAUGAAUAACCUCGUCGAAUCUGUAACCCAUUUGGUCACGAACGCUGUUAGAUCUUCCAAAUACGAGAUUGCCGGAGAGAGGGGGAUCCCUGCCAUGACGGUUGCGUGGGUCGAUGCUGUCUGGCAGGAGUCACAGAAGAGGAAUAUCAGGGCAACAGAUCCAAAUUUCAUCACCAACUACAAGUGUCCCAUCUUCAUGAAUAUGAACAUCUCGUGUUCCAACCUUUCAAAGAGCGAAAAAGAAGAAAUGAAGGAUCUUAUAACAAAACAUGGUGGCACGUUCACUGCACAGCUGCAUCUGAAAGAGACGACACUGCUGGUACUGAAUGAACCGCGGGGAGAUAAGUACCGAGCUGCGCGCAGGUGCGACCUGCCGUGUGUCCGGCCGUCGUACAUCAGAGAGAGUGUACAGUGUGGUUACGCAGUGCCGUCACAAGGUCAUCUGGUCACGCCCAGUGUCUCCUGUUCCACACCCACCAAGGAUGAUGCUCCGAAUUUUACUUGCAAUUCGGAGUCCAUCAGUAUGAUCAACAUGGAUAUAUCCAAGAGCCAUAUAGACGAGAGUCAGGUGACCAUAUGUACAACGGCAGGGACACAGCAGGAACCAGCCAAGCCCAGUGGCAGUCAGCAUAUGCAAAUUUUGAGCAGUUUGAAUGUGUCUGAUGCGAAAAAAGCUGGUUCUUUCGUGGAUGGCUGCAAGAUCUACCUGAGCGGAUUCACGGACGUGGAGAUGGAAAAGCUCAGGAGGAUUCUCAGUCUGGGAGGAGCAACCGUCUUCUCGGAGAUGUGCGAAAGUAUUUCGCACGUGCUUAUCGGAGAAUUUAUUGUCAAUGACAUCAAAUCCUUGUCUACAAUGGUGCAAAAACCUCGUGUUGUGACUCUGGACUGGGUUGUAGCAUCUCUAAAACAACAAUCUCCUGCCAGCGAGGAUCUCUUCUCCUACCUAGAGACCAAGAAAGUGAUGCCAGAACCACCCUCCCCAUUAAGCCAGAAGAGUUUGCGGAUGCUUCACCCUGUCCCUGCUGAAACAAGUGAAGCCACCAACAAGAUGCCUCCUCCAGCUGGACCACCUGUCAAUCGCAAAUUGUUGUCGGAGUUCCUCACAGAGAAUUCCAAAAGCCCAGCUAAAAAUAAUGUGUCAGCUGAGAAAAGUGUGGACAUGACAGCUACAUCUGUUGAGAAUACUGGUGCCACAGAUGUCUUUCAAGGUUUUAAGUUCCUGAUAGCAGGGUUCGAUGCUGAGGUCACAUCGAAGCUGGAGGCUGCCAUAGCGGAGGAGGGUGGAUGUGUAGUGGCUCCAAACUUCACAGGGGUUGCAGACUACGCGAUAGUUCCUGUCCAGACCACCAUCCCCAACAUUACAGCUGUCGAAGUGGUCACCAACUUGUGGGUGGAGGAGUGCUUGGAUUCAGCAGAGUUGGUGGGAGUGAAAUACUACCAUCAGCCUCUGUCACUGAGCUCUGACAAGCAGCCUCUGGUUGACUGCUGUAUUUCCAUCAGCAGCUAUGGUGGCAAAGAGAAGAUGUUCUUGGUACAGCUGGCGAGAGAGCUGGGUGCCAUCUAUCAGGAUGUUUUUGCAAGAGUCUCCAAGCAGGAAAAAGGGAUUUUGGCAUCUACCCAUUUGAUCUGCCCCAAGCCUGAGGGCCAGAAGUACAAUGCUGCCACCAAGUGGAAGUUGCCGGUAGUGACCAAGGACUGGCUUCUGACCUGUGCCCGUCAGGGGGUCAAGGUGUCUGAGACUCUCUACUGUGUGGGCGAUGUCAAAGAUACAUCGAUCUCAGAGCAAACGACAAGUCGCAGCGUGACAGUGACCCCACAGAGAACCACAACCAGCUUGCCUCCGCCCCCUGAGCCACUGCCUGUGACCCCUGCCCCUGCCCCGGGUCCCUCUCACCCCACCGUCAGCUCACUCAAGCGCAAAAGUACGACCCAGACACCCGAGGAGGACUACAGUCCUUUCCAUGUCUCUACUCCUGAUACUCCAUAUGGACAAGUUUUUGAGACUCCCACUGCAGAAGUGAAGAAAGGAUGGAAGAGGUUCAUAGACCAAUUUCCUGACAUGAAGCCAACUUCUCCUGUCCAAAAGAAAAACUCUAAAAGGCUCAGUACACCUCUAUCUGAAAUCAAAAGAAGAAUCUUUGCUGCUGCUUUGGAGACUUCGUCCGAAAACAUAAAACCUUCCAACUCCAAUGAGGACUUGGAAAAUGAGCAGAGUACUGAAGCUACCAACCAUUUAAAUGAAGAAACAGUGAGACAAGAUUUGUGGAACACACAAACUCCAGCUUCAGGAAAGAAAAAAAAGUUGGAUGCAACACCUCAGUCCUCUUCAAAGCAAAACUGUGAGAACUUCCAACCGAGGAAAUUGUCGUAUGGCAGAGCCACCCCAACUGCUGGUGAUUUCAGGACUUCAAGUUGCACACCCUUAAGCGCUUCCAAGAUGCCACCGCCACAACCUCAGAACACAAGCUUGGUUAAAGAAUCGAAAAGUGACAACCAGUCAGAGCUAGAUGAAAAAUCCCAGAUGGUCAAGAAACCACUUCCCAACGAAAGAGUUUCCACGAUUUUGGGAAAGUUACACAAGAGGCUGAGUACUCCUGGCACUAAACCGGAGGAACAACCCUUGCCACAGCGGGAGCUGGUGCACCAGCCAAUAGUGCCAGACAAGCCAGUGACAGUAGGGCUAGUGACAGAUUCACAACCAGUGACAGACUGGGAAGACCCCGUGGAGUCUGCAGAGAGAGCCAAGAUACAGAAUAAGUCCUCAACUGCUGAUAGACCGAGGAGGUUUGCGCUGUCUAGUGUUGUUGAGAAAGAGAAGUAUGAGGAGAAGCUGAGACAGCUGGGAGAGACGGUGUUAACAUCAGAUCGUUAUGACGCUGAGACGACUCAUCUCAUAGUCGACGAGCCUCUGCGCAGUGAGAAGCUGUUGUGUAGUAUGGCAGCUGGCAAGUGGAUACUACACACCUCGUACAUAGAUCUCAUGGUCCAGCACAAGCAGUACAUGCCGGAGGAACUCAACUACGAGUGGGGUAAUCCUGACAAUGCCAAGGUUUUGCCGAGACUAGAGCCUGGCAGUCUGUCGGAGCAGCUCGCACAGGCGGCAGUGCGGUGGCGGCGACAACUCGCAGAGCGAGGUGGUGGGGCCUUCAGCGGUAUGAGGGCCAUACUCCUAGCGAGUGCUAGCAAGUUCGACAGUUACAAGCGGUUCAUAGAGGCUGGCAGUGGACAAACUAUAUCUGCCACGAAUGUGGCAGAGGCAACUCAUUGUUUUGUAGAAGAAAAGAGGAUAGCAACAAUGCCUGUUCCAUUGUCAAAGUUUAUUGCUUACAAAGUUCCCUGCCUUCCACCAGUGUUUCUAAGUGACUUACUCACAAAAUUUCCUCCCCCAAGCACAGAGGAUAGUCUAAUCGCAGAAUACAGGAGGCUCAGUAAAGGACAUUGAUGAUAAGCCUCAUGUCAUUUUGACAGCACAGUAACAGUUAUUGUGAUAAGUGUCAGUUUGUUGAAUUCAAUUUCUUGUAUAGCAUUGCCAAAAUUGUAUAAAAAACUAAUAUAAUUGCACUUUUAAAUUUAUUAUCAAAAGACACUAUUAGACCAGAAUUUAUAAUAUUUGAGUCAAAAUGGUACCAGUGUGGUGUCUGGAUAUAGAAAUGUAAAUGCUAAAGAAUUUUUAAAAACUUUCAUAAAUGUAUGUAGUUUUAUUACUGGGACCAAAUAAAAUGUCAUUCUACUUGA